CUCCUUCUCGAAAACUGGGAAGUCACUCCCUCUCUCCUCCCUCUGCUAAGGUCUGAACUCUAGCGUUUCUGCCUGCGUGUGUGUCGCUGCUGGCCGGACUCAUGGCUUUGCCGCUGAGAUUCGACGGGAGGGUGGUACUGGUUACCGGCGCGGGGGGAGGACUGGGCCAAGCCUAUGCCCUGGCUUUUGCAAAAAGAGGUGCAUCAGUUGUUGUGAAUGAUUUAGGAGGGGACCACAGGGGAAUUGGUAAAGGCUCCUCAGCUGCUGAUAAAGUUGUUGCAGAAAUAAGAAGAAAAGGUGGAAAAGCAGUAGCCAACUAUGAUUCAGUGGAAGCAGGAGAGAAGAUUGUCAAGACAGCCCUGGAUGCUUUUGGGAGAAUAGAUAUUGUGGUCAACAAUGCUGGAAUUCUGAGGGACCGUACCUUUGGUAGAAUAAGUGAUGAAGACUGGGAUAUCAUCCAUAGAGUUCAUUUGCGGGGCUCAUUCCAAGUGACCCGGGCAGCUUGGGAUCACAUGAAGAAACAGAACUUUGGAAGGAUCAUUAUGACUUCAUCGGCUUCAGGAAUAUAUGGCAACUUUGGCCAGGCAAAUUACAGUGCUGCAAAAUUGGGUCUUCUGGGCCUUGCAAAUACUCUUGCAAUUGAAGGCAAGAAAAGCAACAUCCAUUGUAACACUGUUGCCCCUACUGCUGGAUCACGUUUGACUCAGAAUAUUUUGCCAGGAGAUCUUCUGGAAACUAUGAAGCCAGAUUACGUGGCACCGCUUGUCCUUUGGCUUUGCCAUGAGAGUUGUGAGGAAAAUGGUGGCUUGUUUGAGGUUGGAGGAGGAUGGAUUGGAAAAUUACGCUGGGAGCGGACCCUCGGAGCCUGUGUAAGACAGAAGAAUCAGCCAAUGACUCCUGAGGCGGUGAAGGCUAACUGGCAGAAGAUCUGUGACUUUGAUAAUGCCAGCAAGCCUCAGAGAAUUCAAGAAUCAGUUGGCAAUAUAAUUGGAGCCCUGAGUCAAAUAGAAUCAGAUGGAGGAAUUUCGACAAAUGAUACUAGUCAUGUGGCAUCAACAGCCACAUCAGGAUUUGCUAGAGCCAUUGGCUACAAACUUCCUCCAUUUUCUUCUACUUACACGGAACUGGAAGCUAUUAUGUAUGCCCUUGGAGUGGGAGCAUCGCCCAAGGAUCCAGAAGAUUUGAAAUUUAUUUAUGAAGGAAGCUCUGAUUUCUCCUGUUUGCCUACCUUUGGAGUUAUUAUAGCACAGAAAUCCAUCAUGGGUGGAGGAUUAGCAGAGCUUCCUGGGCUUUCAAUCAACUUUGCAAAGGUUCUUCAUGGGGAGCAGUACUUGGAGUUGUAUAAGCCACUUCCCAGAGCCGGAAAAUUAAGAUGUGAAGGAGUUGUUGCUGAUAUCCUGGAUAAAGGAUCCGGUUUAGUAAUUCUUGUGGAUGUUUAUUCUUAUGCUGAGAGUGAGCUUAUAUGUUAUAAUCAGUUCUCUGUCUUCCUUGUUGGCUCUGGAGGCACUGGUGGAAAACGGACAUCGGACAAAGUAAAGGCGGCUGUAGCCAUACCUAAUAGACCUCCUGAUGCUGUGCUUACAGACACCACCUCACUUAAUCAGGCUGCUCUGUACCGCCUCAGUGGAGACUGGAAUCCCUUACACGUUGAUCCUAACUUCGCUAGCUUAGCAGGCUUUGACAAACCCAUAUUACAUGGCUUAUGUACAUUCGGAUUUUCUGCCAGGCAUAUUUUAAGGCAGUUUGCAGAUACUGAUGUGUCGAGAUUUAAGGCAAUUAAGGUUCGUUUUGUAAAACCUGUAUAUCCAGGACAAACUCUACAAACUGAGAUGUGGAAGGAAGGAAAUAGAAUCCAUUUCCAAACCAAGAUCCAGGAAACUGGAGACAUUGUCAUUUCAAAUGCCUAUGUGGAUCUUGUGCCAACAUCAGGUGUUUUAGCUAAGACACCCUCUGAGGGUGGAAAGCUUCAGAGCACCCUUAUAUUUGAGGAAAUAGGUCGCCGCCUUAAGACUGUUGGGCACGAGAUGGUAAAGAAAGUCAGUGGUGUGUUUGAGUGGCAUAUCACUAAAGGCGGAAAUAUUGGAGCUAAGUGGACUAUUGACCUGAAAAAUGAUUCUGGAAAAGUGUAUCAGGGCCCUGCAAAAGGCUCUGCUGAUACAACCUUCAUACUCUCGGAUGAAGAUUUCAUGGAGGUAGUCCUGGGCAAGCUUGACCCUCAGAAGGCAUUCUUUAGUGGCAGACUGAAGGCCAGAGGGAACAUCAUGCUGAGCCAGAAGCUUCAGAUGAUUCUGAAAGAGCAUGCCAGGCUCUGAAGGACACACAUUAUUAAUAAAAAGAGAAAAAUACUCUCGUCGCCCAAAUAUGUGAAAGUGAUCAAAACUAAGAUGUAGGGAAAUUGCUUCGCAUUUCCAGAUGUCAGAUAAUUUUGCAGAUUUUCAUACUGUACUAAUUUUUCACAUUAUCUUUAUUUUUACAAGGAACUGUAAGCUGGCACAUAAUUAUCCUUCUGCUUCUUAGAUCUCUAUCUUCAUAAUAUAAAAUUUUCACCCAGGACCAGUCUCUUUAGACUUGUGACAGCAUUUGUAAAUUAAAAGGAAAAUUAAAUGGGUAAAGGCUACUUGGA